CAGAAGCUACAAGGAGAGCUGGGAGCAAGCAGGAGGUGCAGAGAGUCUCCCGGACACUCUUGUCUGCUCAUCCUAGGGGACCAUGAGCACUGGGCAAGAGGCCAGGAGAGACGAGGGAGAUUCCAGGAGAGGUCAGGAAGCCUCGCUUCGGGACAGAGCCCACCUGAGCCAGCAGCGCCGGCUCAAACAGGCCACGCAGUUCUCGCACAAGGACUCAGCUGACCUGCUGCCCCUGGAUAGCCUCAAGAGGCUCGGCACCUCCAAGGACCUGCAGCCACACAGCGUGAUCCAAAGACGCCUGGUGGAGGGGAACCAGAGGCGGCUUCAGGGGGAGUCUCCCCUGGUGCAGGCCCUGAUCCAUGGCCAUGACAACAGCAGGACCAGUGUGACACAAGUUCCAGCUCUUCUUGUCAACUGCAAGUGCCAAGACCAGAUGCUCCGAGUGGCUGUGGACACAGGGACCCAGCACAAUCAGAUAUCUGCUGGAUGCCUCAGGCGCCUGGGGUUAGGGAAGAGCGUUCCAAAAGCCCCAGGUGGAGCCCUGGCACCUGGGCCACCAAGUCAGGUGGAACAGCUGGAGCUAGAGCUGGGGCAGGAGACCGUGGCGUGCUCAGCCCAGGUGGUGGAUGUGGACAGCCCUGAGUUUUGCCUGGGACUGCAGACUCUGCUUUCCCUCAAGUGCUGCAUUGACUUGGACCGUGGAGUGCUUCGGCUGAAUGCCCCCUUCUCGGAGCUGCCCUUCCUGCCUCUGUACCAAGAGCCUGGCCAGUGACCACUGUCUCAGCCAGUCCCUAGGGCGACACCGUGCCUUAGGGGAAGAGUGGUGUGGAGUGGGUACUGCCUGAGCAGGGCAUCUGGAGUCCACUGCAUUUAUCUCUUCUCACCACCCUGAUCCCGCAGUAGGCCACCUUCCUCUCUGCUUCUCCAUAGCUGCCUUCUGCCCCAGGAGUUCCUUCUCAGAGUAUCUGUGACUCAAGGUCCUGGUGUCCCCAUUCUCUCUCCUCCCUUCCUAAGAGCACAGCCAAACCAGUUACAGAAAGUGACCCACAGAAAAUGGGCUCUAGAUUCCGUCCUGGUGUGGGGGUCCACCUGCCUGAAGCUCACUCCAAGCACCCCUCCACUGCCCUAACCCUCUCACCUCCCACCUCUAAGGCUUACCUUUCAGAUUCCCAUGCCUCACCA